GAACUAGACAAUAUUGCUUAUUACACGAAAGCAUGACAACUAGAUCAUCUUUGCUUCAAAUUGCUGCGCAUUCGUUACUGCUGGCUUACUUAUUAGGAGGUGUUAGUGGAUACAUUUCAAGUGCUGGAGUUGGAGGUAGCAAAACCAAGUGCACAGACGCAGAGAGACAAGCACUCCUCCAUUUUAAGGACAAUCUUGAGGACAAAAAUGAUAUUCUUUCUUCCUGGAGUAACGAUGAAUACAAAAACAAUUGCUGCCUUUGGGAUGGAAUUCGUUGCGACAACAAAACUGGUCAUGUGGUCAUGCUUGAUCUUUCACAUAUGGAUCUUUCUGCGAGAGGUAAGUAUACGAGCCCUCCAUUAAUUGAGUUGCGUUAUUUGAAUUAUUUGAACCUCAACAGCAACAACUUGACUAUGAACCAUAUCUCAAGUUUGAUUGGGAACGAUGUUAUGGUUUCCCUUCAGCACCUUGAUCUUUCAGGAAGUGGAAUAGAAGGCCCCAUUCCUGAAACUUUAGGGAACAACAUGACUUCCCUUUCUCAUCUUGAUCUUAGUCAAAAUAAUUUACAAGGUUCCAUUCCAAAAUCUUUGGGAAACAUGAGUCACCUUGAACACCUUGAUCUUCGAGAUAAUCAUUUGGAAGGUUCGAUUCCUGAAGUUUUUGGCAACAUGGCUACCCUUGCAUACCUUGAUCUUGGCCAGAAUAAUUUUAGUGGUUCCAUUCCAUUGACUUUUGAGAACAUGACUAGUACCCUCACACAUCUUGCCCUUGAUUACAAUGACUUAGAAGGUUUCAUUCCAAACAGUUUUGGCCAAAAACUGACUUCCAUUGCAUACCUUGAUCUAAGCAAAAAUAAGUUACAGGGUUCCAUUACACAUUAUUUUGGCAACAAUAUGAUUAGCCUUAAAUUCCUUGCCCUUGACAAUAAUGAGUUAGGAGGUCCAAUUCCAGAAUCUUUUGGGAAUUUUUCUGCUCUUGAACGCCUUUAUCUUAGCUUCAAUAUCUUAAACGGAUCUGUUCCUAUAACAUUUGGGAACAUGACAGCCCUUGUCUACCUUGGGCUUCGGUUUAAUAAGUUAAGCUCCAUUCCUGAAACUAUUGGAGACAUGAUUUCCCUUGAAAACUUGGAUAUUGGGGGUAAUAAAGUUUCAGGUGAAAUUCCAAAUUCCAUUUGGAACAUAUGCUCUUUACAAUCAUUGUCCGCGUAUUCAAACAAUCUUAGUGGACAACUUCCUGAGCUCACUCAAUCUUCAUCCAUGUGCACAAAUCACUCUUUAAGGAUUUUGCUUUUAUCUUACAAUAGAAUCAAGGGGCUAUUUCCUAAUCUUUCAUUGUUCUCCGAUUUGGAAUCAUUGGAUCUUUCCUCAAAUCAAUUAAGUGGAAGUGUACAUCCAAGUAUUGGUCAAUUGUCACAACUGAAAUUUCUAGAUAUUUCAAAUAACUCUUUACAAGGUGUACUUUCUGAAGCUCAUUUUUUGAAACUCUCCAAUGUAAAUUUCUUGGAUUUAACUUCAAACAAAUUGAUUUUCAAUGUAAGCUCUGCUUGGGUUGCUCCUUUCAAAUUGGAUACCAUAUAUCUUACUUCUUGCAAGUUGGGCCCUAAAUUCCCAAAUUGGCUUCGAACUCAAGACACUUAUUUUAUGCUUGACAUUUCCAAAACCGGAAUUUCAGAUUCAGUUCCCAACUGGUUUUGGAACCUUUCUACUGGAUUUCAAACUAUGAAUGUUUCCAACAACCAAAUCAGAGGAAAAAUUGCUGAUUCGAUAAUCAACUGGAACAGUUACCCAGAAAUAGAUUUGAGUUCCAAUCAACUAGAAGGUGGUGUACCAAUGUUUUUAUUCAAAGCCACUUCACUGCACCUUUCUAGAAAUAAGUUCUCAAGUAUAAAUUCGAUGUGCGGUGUCACUGUUGAUUCACGUUUGAGCUUUUUAGAUGUAUCACACAAUCAAUUAUCCGGGGAGCUUUCUAAUUGUUGGUCUCAUUUCAAAAAUUUGGUAGUUCUCAAUUUGGCAAACAAUUUUGAACUAUCAGGGAAAGUUCCUACCUCCAUUGGAUCUUUAACUCAUAUGCAGACAUUGCGUUUAACCAACAAUAAGUUUAUAGGAGAGAUACCUUUGUCAUUGAAGAAGUGCACAGAGCUGGUAGUUAUGGAUAUGGGAGACAAUAAGCUAUCAGGUCCAAUACCAAGUUGGAUAGGGAAAAGUUUACAAAAUCUUGUUAUACUUAUCCUAAGAUCCAAUGAUUUCAAUGGGAGUAUUCCAUCAACUCUUUGCCAUGUGCCAUAUCUUCAACUGUUGGAUUUGUCUGCAAACAACAUCUCAGGAAAGAUUCCAAAAUGUCUCAAGAAUUUUAGUGCCAUGAGAUCUAGCAAUGCUACAGACAAUUCUACAACCAUUGAGCAUUUUUAUGACAGCUAUAAUACUUCAACAACAUCCGGAACGAGUCACUAUGCAGACCAGAUACAAGUAAUGUGGAAAGGGAUUCUCUCAGAUUAUGGAAAUACUUUGAGACUAGUAAAGAGCAUAGAUCUGUCAGGCAAUAUGCUGAAUGGGGAAAUUCCAGCAGAAAUCACCGAGCUUGUUGGCCUGAUUUCUUUCAACUUAUCAAGAAACAAUUUAAGUGCACAAAUCCCUCAACACAUUGGUUACUUGAAAUCCUUAGAUUCUCUUGAUUUGUCAUAUAACCAUUUUUCAGGGCAAAUUCCUCCAACCCUCGCUCUGAUUGAUCGCCUUAGUGUGCUGGACUUGUCCAACAACAACUUGUCAGGAAAAAUUCCAACAGGCACUCAACUCCAAAGCUUUAAUGCGGAUGCAUACAUGGGGAACAUUGGACUCUGUGGAGCCCCACUCCCUAAAAGAUGUCCUGGAGAAGAAGAACCAAUUGCCCCUUCUGAAUCUACUGCUGAAGGAGAUUACAAAGAUGGGUUUAUAAGUAGUGGAUUUUAUGUGAGUCUGGGGGUUGGUUAUGUGGUUGGUUUCUGGGAACUUUGUGGAAUGUUGGUCUUCAACAAGUCAUGGAGGUAUGUGUAUUUCAAAUUCUUAAAUGAUUUUACAGAUUGGUUUUAUGUUAUGGCAGCUCUGCAUAAGCCAAAAUUCUUGAGGACACACGCAAUAAGCUACCAAUAGGUAAUAUAUAUAUAUAUAUAUAUAUGCACUCGCAAUUAUCAUGGAAAAUGAAUCUACCAUGCAUGUGUGCAACCUCACUGCCGCGUUUUCAUUUUUGGAAUUAUAUUAUCUUAAAAUAGUUUGAGAUUAUCAAAUGAUGCACUGUUUAUUAUUUAUUGUUAGCAUAGACUAUAUAUUUGCAGUUAUAUAUAUAUAUAUAUAUAUAUACCAGUACUCAAUUGGUUUUCCCAUAAGUUGAUGGUUUCAUUGUAAUUUCAGGUCUACAAAAGCUUGUUGGAUAUGGAAGUUUUUCUGCACAUUCUAUGUUAUACAUUUAUGCUCUGUAUAUAUGAGAGUAUACAAUGUCAAUGUAAGUUUCUAGUGCCAAUUAUUUUUCUUUUUUUUUCUUUAUAUAUAUGUAAUGCUGGAUGUCAUGAGUUUUUUUAAUUG